CGCGUUUUCCCCCAUGUUCAUUCUGUGCCUGUCAUUCAUCCCUCUAUUCCGACUCUCUCUCUCUGCUCUGCCCACUCCAUUUUUUUCUUUGAGCCAUGUCGAAUUCAGCAGCCAGCCAAGCGAAUCCGGCUGCCUCUGCCUCUACUGCUGCCUCGACUCGUCACCCUGCUCCCUCAACCACUUCUACGCAGUCAACGCUGCCCACGUCUGCUGGUGCUGGUGCUGGUGCUGGUGCUGGUGCUGGUGCUGGUGCUGGUGCUGGUGCUCCGGCUUCGUCUCGCCUUGUCGCGCAGCUCUCGGACGACGACCACCCGCACCGCCACUUCCCAAAGUCACCGCUGCUCACUGCGCGCCUGACGCACCAGAACUCGAUCGACGACGAUGACUCUGAGCUGGGCGACGACGAGCUCGCGCUGCCCGACGCAGCCAUCCCGCCGCCGCGAGCCCACUCAUCCGCUGUCUCUGCCAAUGCCAGUGCCAAUGCCAGUGCCAAUGCGAGUGCCUCUGCCUCCACCAGCUCAAGCACCGAUGCCGCAAGCCCGAGGACUGCGCCUGGUGCUGCCCAGCGACAUGCGCACCAGCAUCGUCACCAUCACCAUCACCAUCAUCACCACCAUCAUCAUGGUAGCAUUGAUGGAUUGGCCGAUGACGAACACGACGACAGCACGGAUGCUGCACAUCAUGCUCAAGGCAACAACCCAACUCACAGCAGUCACAAUAAUGCUGAUGGCGAUGAUCGUGCUGAUCAUGACGAGGACAGCGACGAUGAAGACAGCCUCUUCGCCAUGCCAGUCCAGACUUCAAGCAUCCCGCUGCUCGUCCCGCUGCCAGUGCCAGGUCAUCCGGGUGCUGCUGGACUGCCCCGCCGUGGCCUCGCUGGUAUGCCUGCCCAACCGGGUGCGCACCAAGUGCACGACCACGACGACGGCGCGUACGACGCCUACAUGCCCGACGAGCACUCACAUCACCACCCAUCACGCCCACCAUCACCAGCAGCACCCUCGAGGAGCGCACUUGCUGCACGAUCUCGACAGUGGCGAGCCGUCCAGAGCACGCAUGACGAGCGAGAGCGGAAGCGAACCCAGCGGCUACUCGUCCGGCGACGAAGACUCCACCGCUCCAGCGCAGUCGAGCGCCACGACGCUGCCCCCGCCCUCCAGCAGCAUUCGCAUCCCAGGAGUAAGCGUCACCUCGGCAGACCCGUCCCGCACUGGCGCAGGUCAACGCCGUGGCCGCAAAAUGGAAGACUCUCCUUCGAAAGGCUUGCCCUUGCCUGUGCCCACAAACACCCCGUCGAGCUAUGUCGAACCGGCUGGAUUUGCUCGCUCGGGCAGCAGCUCGAGCGCGCGUAGUGGACUCAGUGGUCUGGCGUCACCCGCACCCGAUCUCUUGUCCCCUUCGCCGCUCGACAUGACUGCCGCCGCAACCAUGUCCUUUGAUGCGUACAGUGCCGGUGCCCUCUCGCAGCAGCUGGUUGGGUCUGCUCCUGCAGGUCUUCGAAGCACCAGCGGCAGCAGCGGCGGCGGCGGCAGCAACACGACCUCUGGAGCCGCUGCCGCAAAUUCGUCUGGCAAACACCGGUCGCACUUAUUUGGCCCAACGGCCCACUAUCCUGCCCUGGAAGAGCACGAGUCCAAGCGAAAGGAAAUCCAGUGGCUCCGCAUCAACUCGAUGGCCAACGAGACCUUGGAGCAGUACCGCGAAGGGGCGCCGCAGUUCCAGCGCAUCAAUGUCACGGACGCCCCGCUCUCAAUGGACCAAGUGUACAAGGAGCAGUGCGUCGGCUUUAUCAAAGCGCUGCAGUUGCGCCAAAAGUACAUGCGCGCGAGCUUCCAGCACUUCCCCGCCCAUGCCACCAGCCAGCUUGAUUCCGUUCGCGUGCACGCAGGCCUGCCUUCGAGCGUCAACUCGACCGUCACCACCCCGGCGCCCAGCUCCAGCGGAUCGGACGCAGCCCCUCACAUGGCUCCCCGUCGUCCGACGACCGCUGCUCUCAACUCCCCAGCACGUGUACCCCGGCCCGUCACUGGAUUGUUGCGCGAUCCCUGGAAGCUGAGCGAUCUUCCUGCCUUGCCCUAUCACCUCGAGAUGCGUCGCGGAGUCGUCCAUGUCUACCGCGACGACGAGGCCCGUGCUUCGCACUCGUCCAUGUACGAGUUCCCGUCGCUCUCCUCCUACUACAGAGAUUUGAACUUUUUGAUUGCCCUCACGACCGACGGCCCAUGCAAAUCGCUCGCCUUCCACCGACUCCAAACGCUCGAGGCCAAGUUCAACCUGCACAUCCUGCUCAAUGAAACGCUGGAGCUUGCCGCACAAAAGUCGGUGCCGCAUCGCGACUUUUACAAUGUGCGCAAAGUUGACACGCACAUCCACCACUCGUCGUGCAUGAACCAAAAGCAUCUGCUCCGCUUUAUCAAGAAGAAGCUCAAGACCUCUGCCAACGAAGAAGUGAUUGUUCGUGACGGCAAGACCCUGACUCUGCAACAGGUGUUUGACAGUUUGAAUCUGACUGCCUAUGAUCUCAGUGUCGACACACUGGACGUCCAUGCGGAUCGCAGCACCUUCCACCGCUUUGACAAGUUUAACUUGAAGUACAAUCCGAUCGGCGAAAGCAGAUUGCGUGAAAUCUUCCUCAAGACCGACAACCACGUCAAGGGCCGCUACUUGGCCGAACUGACCAAAGAGGUCAUGCAGGAUCUUGAAGAAAGCAAGUACCAGCACGCCGAGCUGCGCAUUUCCAUCUAUGGUCGCUCUCGCAACGAAUGGGACAAGCUUGCGUCGUGGGUUUACGACAACAAGGUUUUUUCCCCGAAUGUCAGAUGGCUUGUGCAGGUUCCGCGUCUCUACAACAUUUAUCGCGCCUCGGGCCAGCUCGCUUCGUUCCAGGGAAUGGUCGAAAACCUCUUCAUGCCACUGUUCGAGGCCACGCGUGAUCCAAAGUCCAACCCCAAGCUGGCCAAUUUCUUGCGCCAUGUGAUUGGCAUUGAUAGCGUGGACGACGAGAGCGUGCCGGAGGUGCGCGUGCACGAACGCUUCCCAGAACCGGCCGAGUGGACGUCCGCUGCAAACCCGCCGUACUCGUACUACAUGUACUACCUGCACGCCAAUCUCUGCGUGCUGAACGCGAUGCGUGCCGAGCGCGGGCUCAACACGCUUUGCCUGCGGCCCCAUGCUGGUGAAGCGGGCCCCGUCGACCACUUGGCCUCGGCCUUCUUGACCUCGCAGAGCAUCUCGCACGGCAUCUUGCUGCGCAAAGUCCCAGUGCUCCAGUACCUGUUCUACCUCACCCGCAUCGGCAUUGCCAUGUCUCCGCUGAGCAACCACUCGCUCUUCCUGGCAUUCAACCGCAACCCCCUCCCAGAGUACUUUGCGCGCGGCUUGAACGUGUCGAUCAGCACGGACGACCCCCUGAUGUUCCACAUCACCAAAGAGCCGCUGAUUGAAGAGUUUUCCAUUGCUGCGCAAGUGUGGAAGCUGUCCUCCUGCGACGUGUGCGAGUUGGCGCUCAACAGCGUCGAGCAAUCCGGGUUUGAAGAUGAAGUCAAGCGCCACUGGCUCGGCGACAACUACCACCUCGAGGGACGCGCUGGCAACGAAAUCCGCAAGACCAAUGUUCCUGGCAUUCGCAUGGCCUUCCGCGACGAAACGCUCGAUGGCGAGUGGAGCUUCCUGAAGAAGGCGACGACGUGAGGAGCGUUGUGUUGUUCUGUUUGUUCUGUUUGUUUCUUGGUGCUUGGUGUCUGUUGCCUGUUGCUUGUUGCUCCAGUUCGUUUUGGAAACAAACCGUGUGCGAUCGCUUUCUUGGCUGUUUUUGCUGUGCGUUGUCGACCUUCCAUGCAAUGCUUCUUUUUUCUCUUUCA